ACUCCUUCCUCCUUUGCUGCAAUCAUCAGGCAGCCAAUCUCCCCGGUUAAAUUUUGAAAGCUCAUGACUGUCUCUCAAUCGCUUGUAUUUCUCAUGCCAAUUUCAGGUGCCAGAUGUUCGCCAUCAAACACUUCCAUUCUUAUCGGCACGACACCCAUCGCAUUUCAUACAACGUCGUCUGACCAUGCCCUCUUCUAUCGAUAGACCUGUUCUUGAAGAGCCAUGGCCCAAGAGACUGAGAGCUACCAGCUCUCGAGCCAUCAGAGGUGGCCCGGAGCAGUUGCAUUCCGAGCACCUCCCGUCUCCUAAACCAACCAAUCCCAGCAGCAACGACAACCUCCCGUCCUCCUCCUCGUCCAGUGACCACAAACCGAAGACGAAACUAAACCCAGUCCAGUCCCUCCAAGACCGGCUUGUGCCGUUACCCAAGAGACCAAGCCCUCUUUCACUCGUCGAGGGUGUGGCAGCCAACGCAAAGUUCACCACCAAACCCUCAGUCGCCCCCUUUUUCCAGCGUAUCAAAGCCGCCUUUGAGGAUAAGCAAACCGCCACCACACGACCUAACCAUGCCAGCGCCGGAGAAAGAACACAAGCACGCUCACCAUCCCCCGACGCAGAAGACCUGAUCCAAGAACUCAAAGAACACUACCUCCAUACAGCGACAACCAUCCACAAGCGCGCAACAAUGCACCUCGCCCAGACCCAUUCCUCCCUCACCCUCCGCCUCAACCAAUCCCUCGUCCAGCCGGACGCGGCCUUCCUCAAUGAGACAGAGACGCAGAUCAAAAAGCUCAGCCAGCCGCUCGACAAGUUCCGCAUUCGCUCGCAGCAGCGCAACACCAAGGAUAGCUCGCUCAGCACCGAGGAACACACCGUGGCGGAGCUGAUUGCCCGCGCGGAGGAGCAGGUCAGGCAGUUCGAGACUGAGAUGGCCGGGCUGUGGGAGGAGUGGGAUGCUGCGGAGGGUGAGGUCAAGGCUUUGCUGAAGGGGUUGGCUGGUUCUUCUAACUCGGGUGGUGGUGGUGGUUCCUUGCGUCGCGGGGAAUGGGUCGGGCAUGGUGGUGGGUAUGACGGCGAGGGUGAUGAUGAGGGGGAGGAGGUGCUCAGGCUUUUUGGUGAGAGGAUUGAGAGGGAGAUUGCACUUGCUGAGGAGGAAGCGGUUGAGCUUGGGGAGGAGGCGGUGGGGUUUAUGAAGGAGAUCGAGAAGGACUUUCGGAAGGCUACGCUGCCGGAUUUGCAUACCUUCUUUCAGUCCAUUGAUGAGCCUUGAGAGGCUGGGGUGGGGGAUCUGAUGUGGCUAUUUG